AGAGCAGUUGAUGACUAGUUCUUGGCUCACUGGGGGAAUCCAAUUAGGCUACAAUUGGAGACUAAAUAUUGGUUAAAGCCAGCUAGGUGACCCCAUUAAUUGCAUUAAUCAAAAGUAAAGGCCAAUAGAGUUGGUCCCUUCUGACAGCUCCACCUCAACGACUAGCUCUCACUAUAAAAACACGCCCUCAUCUUUCCUUUCAUAUCAGAAACAAAUCAGCUUCUCUCUCCCUCUCUCAACUUCUCUUUCUCUUUGGAUAGUAUAUCCAAGAGAAUAGUCUUCACAAACUUAUACACAUUGGCUAUAGAAAAAAAUUACUCCGGUAAAAUAUGAUGAAUCCGGGGCAAGGCCCCAAUAGGGGUCGCUUAUGGCCCCAAAUGGCCUUUGCAAUGGCUAUGCUUGUAGUUGCAAGCAAUGUCGUUUCAGCCUCCGCUGAUCCUUACUUAUACAGCUCUCCACCACCUCCUUAUGAGUACAAAUCUCCACCACCGCCAGAGAAGUCUCCUCCACCACCAUACCACUACAGCUCUCCCCCACCACCUGAAAAGUCUCCUCCACCACCAUAUCAUUACACCUCUCCCCCACCACCGGAGAAGUCUCCUCCUCCGCCAUACCAUUACUCAUCCCCACCACCACCAAAACAUGAAGAGAAGCCAUACCAUUACUCUUCCCCACCACCACCAUCUCCAUCUCCUCCUCCUCCAUAUGUCUACAGCUCACCACCCCCACCAAAGAAGUCCCCACCACCACCAUAUCACUACACAUCCCCACCACCACCUUCUCCUUCUCCUCCACCACCAUACGUCUACAGCUCACCACCACCACCAAAGAAGUCUCCACCCCCACCAUACCACUAUUCGUCACCACCACCACCAAAGCAUGAGGAACAACCACCCUAUGUUUACAAGUCCCCACCACCACCAUCACCAUCUCCUCCACCCCCAUACGUCUACAGUUCCCCACCACCACCAGUGAAGUCUCCUCCACCACCUUAUGUAUACAACUCCCCACCACCUCCAGUGAAGUCUCCUCCACCACCUUACGUCUACAACUCUCCACCACCACCACCUAAACAUGAGGAGCAACCACCUUAUGUCUACAAGUCUCCACCACCACCAUCACCAUCUCCGCCACCACCUUAUGUCUACAGCUCCCCACCACCACCAGUGAAAUCUCCACCACCACCUUACGUCUACAGCUCCCCACCACCACCAGUGAAAUCUCCACCACCACCUUACGUCUACAGUUCCCCACCACCACCAGUGAAAUCUCCUCCACCACCAGCUUACUACUACAAGUCUCCCCCACCACCUAAACACGAGGAGCAACCACCAUAUGUUUACAAGUCCCCACCACCACCAUCACCAUCUCCUCCACCACCUUACGUCUACAGCUCCCCACCACCACCAGUGAAGUCUCCUCCACCACCUUACGUCUAUAGUUCCCCACCACCACCCGUGAAGUCUCCUCCACCACCUUACGUCUACAGUUCCCCACCACCACCACCUAAACAUGAAGAGCAACCACCAUAUGUUUACAAGUCUCCACCACCACCAUCACCAUCUCCUCCUCCACCAUAUGUUUACAGCUCCCCACCACCACCGGUGAAGUCUCCACCACCAGUUUACUACUAUAAAUCUCCACCACCACCAGUGCAGUCUCCACCGCCAGUUUACUACUACAAAUCUCCACCACCACCAGUGAAAUCUCCACCUCCACCAGUUUACUACUACAAGUCUCCCCCACCACCAACUCCAUACUACUACUCUUCUCCACCACCACCAACCCCAUACCACCCACACCCACACCCACACCCUUUGGUGUUCAAGGUGGUCGGUAAAGUGUACUGCUACAGAUGCUAUGACUGGACAUACCCUGAGAAGUCUCACAACAAGAAGCACCUUAAAGGAGCUGUCGUUGAGGUGACUUGCAAGGCUGGAGACAAAGAAGUCAAAGCCUACGGCAAAACAAAGAUCAACGGCAAGUACAGCAUCACAGUUGAAGGUUUCAAUUACCGCAAAUAUGGAGGCAAAGCUUGCACAGCCAUGCUCCAUGCUGCCCCCAAGGGCUCCCCAUGCAACAUUCCAACCAAGUACCACAAUGGUGAUAAGGGUGCCAAACUCAGGGUGAAGUCGAAGAACAAAUACGAGGUUGUGCUCUACGCCAAGUCUUUUGCUUAUGCUUCAAAGACUCCUUACGGUGAAUGCCACAAGACCAAGCCUGUGCACCCUCCUCCAUAUGUGUACAAGUCUCCACCACCACCAACUCCAGUAUAUGUCUACAACUCUCCACCACCACCAUCACCUAAGUACGUGUACAAGUCUCCACCUCCACCUGCUACCCCAACAUAUGUGUACAAGUCACCACCACCACCAUCUCCUAAGUACGUAUACAGCUCCCCACCACCACCAGUGCCAGCUUACGUCUACAAGUCUCCACCACCACCAUCUCCCAAGUAUGUAUACAACUCUCCACCUCCACCUGCUACCCCAACAUACGUGUACAAGUCUCCACCACCACCAUCUCCUAAGUAUGUAUAUAGCUCCCCACCCCCACCAUCUCCCAAGUACGUUUACAAGUCUCCACCUCCACCUGCUACCCCAGCAUAUGUGUACAAGUCACCACCACCACCUUCUCCUAAAUACAUAUACAAAUCCCCACCACCACCAGUCCCAGCUUACGUCUACAAGUCACCACCACCACCAUCCCCCAAGUACAUCUACAAGUCACCACCGCCACCUACUCCAGUCUACGUCUACAAGUCACCACCACCACCAUCUCCUAAGUAUGUGUACAAGUCACCACCACCACCUACUCCGGUCUACGUUUACAAGUCACCACCACCACCAUCUCCCAAGUAUGUCUACAAGUCUCCACCACCACCAGUUCCAGCUUACGUCUACAAAUCCCCACCACCACCAUCUCCCAAGUACGUAUACAAGUCACCACCACCACCUACUCCGGUCUACGUUUACAAGUCACCACCACCACCAUCUCCCAAGUAUGUCUACAAAUCUCCACCACCACCAGUUCCUGCUUAUGUGUACAAAUCCCCUCCACCACCAUCCCCCAAAUAUGUAUACAAGUCUCCACCACCACCAGUACCAGCUUACGUUUACAAGUCACCACCACCACCAUCCCCCAAAUAUGUGUACAAGUCACCACCACCACCGGUGCCUGCUUACGUCUACAAGUCACCACCACCACCAUCUCCCAAAUACGUUUACAAGUCUCCACCACCACCAGUCCCUGCUUAUGUCUACAAGUCACCACCACCACCAUCUCCCAAAUACGUUUACAAGUCUCCACCACCACCAGUCCCUGCUUACGUCUACAAGUCACCACCACCACCAUCUCCAAAAUACGUUUACAAGUCACCACCACCACCGGUACCUGCUUACGUCUACAAGUCACCACCGCCCCCAUCUCCCAAGUAUAUUUACAAAUCUCCACCACCACCAUCACCCAAAUAUGUCUACGCAUCCCCACCACCACCAGUACACUCUCCACCUCCACCAUACCACUACUCUUCUCCACCACCACCAUCACCAUCUCCUCCUCCACCAUACCAUUACAGCUCCCCACCACCACCAAAACACGAAGAGCAACCACCAUACCAUUACUCAUCACCUCCACCACCUUCACCGUCUCCUCCUCCACCAUACGUAUACAGCUCCCCACCACCACCAGUGAAAUCUCCUCCUCCACCAUACGUAUACAGCUCCCCACCACCACCAGUCAAAUCUCCUCCACCACCAUACGUAUACAGCUCCCCACCACCACCAGUGAAAUCUCCUCCCCCACCAUACGUCUACAGCUCCCCACCACCACCAGUGAAAUCUCCUCCUCCACCAUACGUAUACAGCUCCCCACCACCACCAGUGAAAUCUCCUCCCCCACCAUACGUCUACAGCUCCCCACCACCACCCGUAAAAUCUCCACCACCACCAUACCACUACACGUCCCCACCACCACCAUCUCCAUCACCACCACCACCAUACCAAUACAGCUCUCCACCACCACCAGUGAAGUCUCCUCCCCCACCAUACCACUACACCUCUCCUCCACCACCAAAGCACGAAGAGGAGCCACCAUACCACUACUCAUCCCCACCACCACCAUCACCGUCACCUCCUCCACCAUACCACUACUCUUCCCCACCACCACCAACAAAGUCUCCACCUCCCCCAUACCAUUACACCUCACCUCCUCCACCAGUAAAAUUGCCAUCACCUCCCGCUUACAUUUACUCUUCCCCACCACCCCCACCUCCAUACUAAGCUCAAGAAUUUUAUCACCAUACACACAUGGAUCAUGUUCUAGAUUGAAAAGUGGAAUAAAAGAAGUUUCCAUCAACGCGCACCAAGCCUCGAAUGAAUGUUCAUUAUUCAAUAAGGGUCUGUCAAUUAGCGAUGACCCACACAUUUCAACUUCUUUUGUGGUAGCGUUGCAAAUGCUUUUGCUGAUUUUAAGUUGGAGUGGUUAUGGACAAAGCAAAGUAAGAAGAAGAAUGUGGAGAUUGGAGAUUAAGCUAGGAUAAGGACAUGGUUUGGUUUGUGUAUGUUUUGUUUUUUUAAUUUGUUUUUAGGCAACAAUAAAUUAUUUCAUCAUUGUAUAGAGCGUGGCCAUAUAUGUAAUUGUACCAUAUUGGACUAGCUUCUAUUUAUUUGUGGAGAUCCAUCAUAUGUUUGUUAAAUCUUCCUCCUCGAUCUCUUUUUAGAGGCUCCGAGAUUUAUAAUAAUAAAGGAAGGCAUUUGAUC